AUGAUGGCGGAGGCGCUAGAGCGCUGGCUCCGGGAGGAGAUGGAGCUGCCGCCCUCCGCCAUCCCCUCCCCGGCCACGCUACGCAGGCUCUGCUCCGGCCCCACAGCCCCCAUUUGGGAUUACGUCAUCCGCCACAUCCGGAACCAGCGGUACGGGCACCUGCAGGAGCUGGAGGCCGCUCCGGCUCGGCCGGGCCAGCAGGGGGCGCUGCGCGCGGCCGUGGAGCGGCUCCGGAAGGAGGUGCGGGACCUGGGGGACGCCAUUGCGGACGCACAGGAAACGGCGCGGCACCUCGACGCCUCGCUGGAGGAGGCGCAGAGGCGGCGGUGGGCGGAGCUUCAGCGAGGGGCGGAGCUUCGGCUGCUGGGGGCGGAGCCGGGCCCGGCUGGGCUGCAGGACGGCCAUGAGGGGGCGCUGAGGGCAACCCAUAAAAGGCCGGGCCAAUCCCGGGCGGAGCUGUCGGCCAUCUUGGCCGCGGGGGCAGAGCCGGAAGUGCUGGUGUCAAUCAAGGCCCUGUGCAAGGCCAGGGAGGCAGAGCUCCAGAGGCCGCGCCCACACAGAGAUUUCCUGGUUGGCCCCACCCCCUCAGCUGAGGCCCCGCCCACCCUGAAGAGCCUCCUGCAGCUCCAUUUGCAGCAGCGCCUGCGGUUCCUGAGCGCCGCCACCAGGGGGCGCCGAGCGGUGCUGAAACCGCUGCAGGAGCAGGUUGUGGGCGUGGCGCGGGCGGGGCCGGGCUCGGCCCUUAUCCCUCUGGAGGGGGCGUGGCUGCGGCGCCGGCAGCUGACACUGGGAGCACUGGGAGCACUGGGAGAGGAGCCCCGCCCCCCGGCACAGGCCACGCCCCCUCUGCAGGGGCUGGCACGGGAGAUGGGCGUGGCACAGGGCUCGCUGCUGUCCCAGGCGGCCAUCUUGCGUCAGCAGCUCCGCCAGGGGGUGCUGCGCCUGCGCCGGGGGGCGGGGCCUGCCCUGGGGGCGGAGCAAGAGCCGCUGGCCCCGCCCCCCCUCACCGUGGACGUGGCCGAGCUGCUGCCCCGGCUGCGAUUGGUCAGAGAAGGCUGCGAGCAGCGAAUCAGGGACUGGCCCCGCCUCCAGGAGCUCGUCAGCCAAUGGUGGGCCCAGCCGGCUCAGUGGGUCCUGGCCACGCCCCCUGGCUGCGCCCCCUUCUCCCAUUGGCUGCAGCGCUGGCAAGCCGCCGCCCACGCCCUGCAGGCCCCGCCCACCCCCGAGGAGGCCCCACCCACCCCUGAGGAGGCCCCACCCACCGUUGGGAAGGGGGAGGAGUGA